UUCCAUAAAAGGAAACAGAUCGAUCAUUUUACGCGUAAUUCGGAUCUCGAAAUUCGUUGUUUCAAUGUCGAAGGAAAACGAACGUACGAACCGUUACAGUUAUACGUUCUUGAAGAUUUUUCACGCGUGAUCAUCGCGCAGAUGCCAUGACAAACAUCCGGAAUAUUUAAAUGCGAUGGGGUUUCUCUCAAUGCACACUCAACUAUACAUUCGCCCACGGACACCCCGAGCAUUCUGUCCACUUGUCGCGAUAAUGGAAGAAGUCUUAGGAAAAAUCGCUCAGUUUCCAUCAUACACUCGUGGAACGCGUGUCGCGUGCGAUCUAUCUUCUUUGAUAAAUUGUUCUCGAUACGUUUUCGAGGAGGAGAAAACGAGGAUGGUCUCAUCGGGAGUGGACCUAGUCUCGAGAUAAGAUUCUUCGUUACAAACGUGAUCGUUUACAAUUCGAUUCGAUUGGUCUCUUUUAGAGAAAAAGAGAAUUGAUUGGGGAUUCGAUCGGUUCGUUUGCAGAUCCGAAGCGAGACCAUGACAAGUUUGCGUUUUUUGGGAUUCGUGCGUUGUUUCCUCGUUGGUGCCAUCUGGAUCGCAAUUUUGGCAUUGCUAAUUUGUGAAAAUACCUCGACGGCCGAUGAAGUGCCUGCUUUCUUCCUGAAAAUCGCAAAGAAUAUUCCUCGCGUGGGACGCAGCGAAGGUUACGACGAUUUCUUUAAAUCUCGAAAAAAUUUUCCAAAACUUGGAAGCCACGAUGCUCAGUCUGAAUCUUGGCCGCAAUAUUCUGUCGACGAACCCUUUUCAAGACCUAUAAAAAGGCGCGUGGAUUAUCCAUCGGUUGAUGAUUGGUCGUGGCAACACUUUCCUCUCGCGAUAGAAGGACCACGAGAACUCUGGCGAACUCUGGCUGGUUAUUCUAAGGACACGUCGGACGAUGUUGACAACGAAAUAUGGAAACGAAAAAAGAGGACAGGAAACGAACCCAUGGCUUCCGAGGAGAAUUAAUGGAGCGACAUGAUGACGUUAUUAUGUCCGUGGAUGAAUAUAUUUAAUGAUCAUCGUCGUUUAAGGUGUUGGGUAAACUAUUAUGAAAAAUAAAUAUGUAAAUAGAAAACGAA